UCAUCCUCUCACGGAAGGCCCUUGACAUUAGAGUGCCCGUGACAUUGGCUUGAAAUUUGGACCGAGCGUGAAUUUUGAAGGCCUACGUCUGCCGGCAUAUCUCCGUAAACAGAUGGCCUGUGAAUCUGCUCUAGUAUCUUAGUAACUGCAGUCGAAAUAGAUGAAAAAAAAUAACCGAGAGCAAAAAUUAAGCGAUGUAGAAAGAAGUUAUUGAACAACGAGGCUGACCUAAAAGUGUUUUAAUUUUGAAUUUCAAUAAAGUCGUAACAAAAAUCAGCGGUACAUUCAUUUCUUCGUGACCCCAAGACCACGUGUAAACUUGGCCGAUAGUUGUGCUGUUAUCCACUGGGAAAAUAGUGGCGCUGCGUCGCAUCACGAAGCUCGAACAAAUAUGACAAUAUGACGAGCUGCAGGAUUAAACGUGUACGGAGAUAGACCGGCUGGAGGGGGGGGAGACAGGAGCGAACAAACGAUUGUCCAUCUGCAAUGUGAAAGUCAAUGGGGUAAAUGAUUAGGAUCUGUUGAGAGGGUAAUACAACGUGUGAUGCCAGCCAAAACAAAAUCUCGUGUUCCAGAAAAUAUGGGGGUCAGUAGUGGUUUAGUUGACGCUAGAGCUAAGCAAGUUUUACGAGAAGCAGUUGACGCUGUGGUGAAUAGCUUUGCUAAGCACACGCAGGGUUACGGACGAGUGAACGUUGUGGAGGCUUUGCAAGAAUUUUGGCAAAUGAAACAGAGCAGAGGAACAGAGUUACGGAAUGGAGCGCUAGUGAUUUAUGAAUCUAUUCCUGGAGCCAAUCCACCUUAUGUUUGUUACGUCACUCUACCAGGUGGCUCCUGUUUUGGCAGUUUCCAAAAUUGUCCCACUAAGGCUGAAGCACGUCGUUCUGCAGCCAAAAUUGCACUAAUGAAUUCAGUUUUCAAUGAACAUCCUUCCAGACGUAUUACAGACGAUUUUAUAGAAAAAGCUGUGGCAGAAGCUAGAGCUAGUUUUGGAAAACCGUCAUCCACCCCAAAUGGAGUUGGCAGUCAGACGCAGAUGUAUAAAUAUUUCCAGGGAAGUGGAGAUGAAAAGGAAGACCCCAACACAGGGAUCGGAGCAUUUAGAUUCAUGCUGGAAUGUAACCGUGGCCGAACAAUGUUAGAAUUCCAAGAACUGAUGACUGUCUUUCAGCUUUUGCACUGGAAUGGAUCAUUAAAAGCUAUGCGCGAAAGACAGUGCAGCAGGCAAGAGGUAGUCGCACACUACAGCCACCGAGCGCUUGACGAUGACAUGCGAAGCCAGAUGGCUCUCGAUUGGGUUGCCAGAGAGCAUGAGAGCGGAGGAGGGAUUGUUGCUAUGGAGUUAACUGUGGCUGAACAAGAAUUAGACACGGCUCGGUUAGCUGGACGAGAGUUAAGAUUCCCUAAAGAGAAAAAGGACAUUCUUAUGCUAGCGCAUGCUCAGGUCUGUCCUCAGUAAAUUUUUGACUAUCGUAGCAAAGAAACAAGCUACUGGAUCAAACGCCGCGUGUCAAUCUGCUUCAUUUAUUCAUCGAUUAGGAAACAUUUUAUACUAGUUGACCAUCGUAUCUAUGGUUCCUUAAUCCUGUAGGUCAACAACCAAUAAGAUUAAAUUGAAUAUUUGAUUCAUUGACGAUCGGCAAAACACUUGCCUUUGUUUUGCUUUUGUUAUUUCAUACAUUCGUAUGAUAGGCAUAGAGUUACUACCAGUAGCUCAAUUUCUUUGAUGUUAUUGCUCGUUGUGAUUUCGCUUGCCUUCCAUUUAAUAUAUUUAAGGCUUGCUGAGAGUGCUGCUUUUUCAGAUACCUUUUUUUGAAAUCGGUAAAUUACAUUAUUUUACAUCAAAAAUUGUAUCUAAUAGUAUGGCAAAAUGUGUGGUUUGUGUUUGAUGUAGAAAUUCGAUUAGAAUAAUUUGUUUCAUUUUUUGAUCAUUCAAUCCUGACAGGCAAAUAGUCAAUUACAUAUUGUCUGUUCUGUCUAAGACCAUGCAAUAAUAAUUAUAUUAUCAAGUAUAAUCACAUAUUCGUGAAUAAUUGUUAAGAAGCUAUAUUGAAUCAAAAUACGCUGAUAUUUGGCAGUGCUUCCAAAAAAUGCUUCCAAUUAUCGAAAAAAAUCAGACACCACGCUGCCAGUGAUGCAAUCAUUUAAUCUAAAAUUUAAUAUUAUAUGAAGUUUAUUUAUGUAUAUAUAUUUGCCAUUAAUUUUUAUAUAUGUUGAGCAUUGUUUCACUACUAAACAUUACGUGAUAAUAUUUUAUACUUUUACGCAAAAUCGUUUAACGUUAGGCAAUAAAUUUUAUGUGAUCACAAGGCGCUUAGCGUCUGUGUUCAGAGUAUGUUCAUAUUUUUCGUAGGAAUAAUGAUAAUCAAAUGAGAAAAUAGGAAAUAUUUUCAAUCAGGGUAUUUCGAAAAACCUACAUGCAAUGGGUGAAUCAAUGAAAAUAAAUAAAUGAAAAAAUCGAAGCA